AAUAAAAUCUGUACACCACAUCCAUAACUUAUAUAUUUAUCUGUUUAUACUUCAUACAUACAAUUCCUACAAGUAGUCUCGGCUGUGUAAAUUAUGUACUUCUAUUAAUUAUUGUAUUUAUAAAUAAAGUAAUUUAAUAUUAAACCAAUUAAUUAUGGCGACAAACAAAAGCACUCGUCAGAUUUUGCUAUCGCUGAUUGAUGACAUGGAAUUAAUUGCAAAAGAAAUGAUUGAGAACACGAUAGCUCAGAAGCAUCUCAAGUUGUCAGCAACAGAAUACGGACAACUGGUGCAAUUGCUGGUUGUUAAAAACAAUGAGUUGAAAUCAAUGCUAAAGCAGGCCUCCGAACAAGAAAAAAUAAACAUAAAGAUGGAAGCGUUGAAGGCAGAGGUUGACAAACAGGACCAGGACAUUCAGCAGCUCCAGCGGCAACUGAAAGAAGCCGAGCAGAUUUUGGCGACUGCUAUUUAUCAAGCAAAGCAGAAACUCGAGUCAAUUGCGCAGGCCAAUAAGAAACCAGUGCCUUCGGAGGAGUUGAUCAAGUUUGCUCAUAGAAUCAGUGCCUCGAAUGCGAUUUGCGCUCCUUUGACUUGGCAGCAGGGGGAUCCUAGAAGACCAUAUCCAACUGACAUUGAAAUGAGACUAGGAUACUUGGGACGUUUAAGUGAUUUACCGCUUAAUGGUUCGAUACUUGGACCUCAUUCAGGAAUCCCGGCUGAUUUACACCGAGCUGGUGGUGGCAGCGGUACCGGAGGUCAUCCAGAACCACCAGCAUCCAUAGCAAACCAAUUUGCAUGGCACCCAUCUGGAGAAUUAGUGAACAUCAGCAUGGGUGGAGUCGGUGGACAAGGAAGUGUGGCCAUCAAUACUCACAAACAGGAGACUGAAGACGUCGAAGUGAUGUCAACUGAUUCAUCUAGCAGCUCUUCCAGCGAUUCACAAUAAAAUUUACGCAUCAGUAAUCCUCAUUAUCACCGUCGUCUCAUUACUCAAUUAUUUUUCUUAAACGCUAUUUUCUGUACAUAGCUUUUUUUUUCUUAAUAAUAAAAA